CCCACCCCCGCCUGCGACAUCGUUCACACCAGCCGUCAGCUAUCAUGCGAUGCACAUCCAUCAUUCUGCGAUGCGUCUGCCUCAACUUGCAGGGCGUGCUGCCGUGACCUGCACCGAGCCUCCCCUGCCUCAGCCAAUCGGCUGUCGCGACCACGUACGCGUCCUGCUCGACCAAUCCGAAUCCGCGCCCAUGCCGACUGCGCAACGCGCCGCUCAGAAGCUGCUACUACAGAAGGUAUCAUUACCCGUCGUCGUCGUCGUCGUCGCCUUCUGCAGAGAGGCGACUCGAUGAAAUCACGGGUCCAUUGAUGAUCUGCAUCACGCACUACAUUUGACUGCGAGAUCGGUCACGAGACCCACGUACGACGCGCGAUCGCGACGCGAGUCUCGCCAGAGCGGCCGUGCUUAGUGCUUCGGUGACCGUGACGCUGACAGCUCGUCUCGCCGCACCCGCGUCCCGCAGCCUCCCAAGGACGUCACUCCCGCGGGUGCGCAUCUCCCCCCGCCUGCGCGGUGACCACUGCGGUGACGCACCCGCACACCCAUGACGUCGUCCCCAGGUCACCUGGCCCUCCCCGACGCGCGCAUACGAUCGACUCGACUCGUCGCUCCGCGCCCCCGCCAGCCCUAUAUAAACCCUCCCACUCCCCACUCUUUCUCUCAGCAUCUUGCACUCACGCACUCAUCAACUCAAUCACACUCGCAUUUAGUAAACUCGUCGCCUUUCACUCUCCAAACUUUUCA